AUGUCGAAGCCCGCAUAUAACAUAAAAAAUCUUCUAAAUUCCAAGUUAUUCAUAUUAAUAUCCAUAGUCCUACUUGCUUCCAUAAGUCAAGUUAACGGUCUGAGAUACAACAGGGGCCCAUUAGAAGAGGCCUACCCCUCUAGACAUAUUGAAACCGUUGACGAUGAUGAUGAAUUCACUGGAAGUACAUACAUUGAAUCAUCCAAGGAGAACAGAAAAAAUCAAUCUAUGUUUGGAAAUAAUAAUGACGAUGACGAUGAUGAGGACAACGACGACGACAACAACGAUGAAGAAGAGGAAUCCGAGGAUUUUUUAGACAGGGCUGAUGAGUCUACUCUAUUAGAAUUGAGUAGAGCAUCGUUUCUGGAGGAAAACAAGGGAAAAAGUGAAAGGGUCGACGAUAACAAACUAAAGCAAUAUUUGAUUAAAAUAGGAGCAAUUGAUAAGAUCAAAAGGGCCAAGGAGACUGGACAAAGGGCAAUUUCAGGUUUGAAAAGCAAAUUCAAAAACAUCCCAGAAGGCGUUAAAAAGCUUAAGAAUAAGAUAGUGCCACCGAAACCCUAUUUCACCAAAUCAAAGUCAGGACAAACAAAUUCGGACCAUGGAAAAAGGUUGUUGAACACAAUUAAUGAAGUAGAUGCCAGCAAAAGGAUUGCGAGAGGUAAUAUUUCGAUACCACCUGGAAAAAGAUUAUUACACACAAUGAACGAUGUGGAAAGAAAAAAAUCAUCGAGAAAGCGCACUAAAAAUUUCAGGCAGUAA